AUGUUCUAAGAACUUUCAGAAAAUGCAGAAGAUUAUAAGAAAUUCUAUGAGUAGUUCUCCAAAAAUAUUAAACUGGGUAUUCAUGAAGAUUCUGCUAACAGAACAAAAUUAGCUGAAUUCCUAAGGUUCCACACGUCCAAGAGUGGAGAAGACUAAAUCUCCUUAAAAGAUUAUAUCAGCAAAAUGAAGGAGGGAUAAAAGGAUAUUUAUUUCAUAACAGGGGAAUCUAAGGCUUCUGUAGCAGCUUCACCAUUUGUUGAAAGCUUGAAAAAGAAAGAUUACGAAGUAAUUUAUAUGGUGGAUCCUAUUGACGAGUAUGUUAUUUAAUAGUUGAAAGAAUUCGAUGGAAAGAAGUUGAAGAAUUGCAGCAAGGAAGGGUUAGAAUUAGAUUAAACUGAAGAUGAGAAGAAGAAAUUUGAAGAACUCAAAUCAUAAUUCGAGGGUCUUUGUAAAUUAAUAAAAGAUAUCCUUGGUGAUAAGAUAGAGAAAGUUUAAUUAGGACAAAGAUUGGAAUAAUCUCCUUGUGUUUUAGUGACUGGUGAAUAUGGUUGGUCAGCAAAUAUGGAAAGAAUCAUGAAAGCAUAAGCAUUACGAGAUCCAUCAAUGAGUAGUUACAUGAUGUCUAAGAAGACUUUAGAAAUAAAUGCUUCUCAUCCAAUAAUGACUGAAUUGAAAAAGAAAGCAGAUAAAGACAAGAGUGAUAAAACAGUUAAAGAUCUCAUAUGGUUAUUAUAUGAGACAGCUCUAUUGACAUCAGGAUUUAGUUUAGAUGAUCCAGCUCAUUUUGCCAGCAGAAUUCAUAAGAUGAUUAAAUUGGGAUUGUCAAUUGAUGAUGCAACAAUUGAGGAGGAAGAUGAGAAGUUGCCAAGUCUAGAAAAGAAAAGUGAGACAGCCAAUACUGAAGCUACCAAAUCAAAAAUGGAAGAAGUAGAUUGA